AUGGUAAAUUCUUUGAUAGAAGUGGAUAAGCUUGAGUGGGAUAAUGAGAUACUUUCAGAUGUUUUCAAUGAUAGAGACCAAAGCUUAAUUUGGCAGAUUCCUUUGUCUACUGGGAGUGAAGUUGAUAGCUGGUAUUGGUGGAAAGAGAACAAUGGUUUUUUCACUGUUAAAAGUGCCUACGGUUUGCAGCAACAGCUCUUUUCUAGGCCUGGUUUUGCUUCAUCAUCUGAUUUUUGGAGGAAGCUGUGGAAGCUUAAACUUCCCCCGAAGGUGAAAACAAAAGGGACUGUUGUAGCACCUGCUAUGUUAUUCACAAGCUGGUUUGAGGAAGGUUUGAAUAUUUGGAGUGAAGUCGAGAGUGUUGAAGCCGCCAUGAUUCUGUGGUCCAUUUGGAAUACUAGAAAUGAUGUGGUAUGGAAUGAUAAACUUUCUAUGGUGGAUGAGGUAAUUCAGAAUGCAAAAAUCAAUUAUGUGGACUGGUUUAAUGCUCAACAAGCCGAUAAGGACUCACACAGGGACCAUCAUGAGGCUCAGUCUGAUAAAUGGAAGCCCCCUGAGUUUCCAAUUAUCAAAGUAAAUGUGGAUGGAGCAAUUUUUUCAUUUGAGAAUCAGUUUGGAGUGGGAUUGGUGGCUUGGUCUGCAUCUGGUGUGAUUGUCCAGGCCAAAACUGUGUGCAAAAUUGGUGCACUUCAGUCACAUGAAGUUGAGGCAAUGGGAAUGAAAGAAGCCUUGAGUUUGAUUAAAGCCAAUGAUUGGCAUGAUGUGAUCGUGGAGUCAGAUUGUCUUCAAGUAAUUUUAGAUUUACAAAAUGAUAAAAUUAUGGCUUCUCCUUAA